UCUCCCCCUUAUAGCAGACGGGAAGGUGCCUCGCCGCUUUCCCGGGAGCGCUUCGGGGCUUCUCCAGCAGAGCGAGCUAAGCAGACACGGGCCGGAAAGCUGGCAGGCUGACAAACAGGCACCUCACAGGACGGACUUUCUGGCUACUGACCAUUUAGCUGUGGCAUACCCGGAUUGUGUGUGGGUGGGAAAUCGACCAUGAGCUCCGUGGCAGUUUUGACGCAGGAAAGUUUUGCUGAACAUCGCAGCGGACUUGCUCAGCAGCAAGUGAAAGUUACAGCUUUAAAUGCUGAAGAAGAGAAUGAUCCUCCAACCUACAAGGAUGCCUUUCCCCCUCUUCCUGAGAAAGCAGCGAGUUCAGAGGCCACCCAGGAACCUGCUGGUGCCUGGAGCAAGAUUCGACCAAUCAAGGCUUCUGUUAUCACCCAGGUGUUCCAUGUACCGCUGGAAGAGAGGAAGUACAAGGACAUGAACCAGUUUGGAGAGGGGGAGCAGGCCAAAAUCUGCUUAGACAUCAUGCAGAAGACGGGGGCUCACCUGGAGCUGUCUCUUGCAAAGGAUCAGGGACUCUCGAUCAUGGUCUCUGGCAAGCUAGAAGCAGUGAUGAAGGCUCGGAAGGAGAUUGUAGCUCGGCUUCAGACACAGGCUUCAGCAACAGUGGGCAUUCCCAAGGAGCAUCACCGCUUUGUCAUUGGCAAAAAUGGAGAGAAGUUGCAAGACCUUGAGCUCAAAACUGCCACUAAGAUCCAGAUCCCCCGGCCAGAGGACUCCAGCAACCAGAUCAAGAUCGCCGGUACCAAGGAAGGGAUUGAGAAGGCUCGACAUGAGAUCCUGUUGAUCUCUGCUGAGCAAGAUAAGCGUGCAGUAGAGAGGUUUGAAGUUGAGAAGGUGUACCAUCCGUUCAUUGCUGGUCCUUUUAACAAGCUGGUGAGCGAGGUCAUGCAGGAGACAGGGACACGCAUAAACAUCCCACCUCCCAGCGUCAACAGGACUGAGAUAGUCUUCACUGGAGAGAAGGAGCAGCUGGCCCAAGCAGUGGCUCGUGUUAAGAAGAUCUACGAGGAGAAGAAAAAGAAGACUACCACCAUUGCCGUGGAGGUGAAGAAAUCCCAGCACAAGUACGUCAUCGGCCCCAAGGGGAACUCCCUGCAGGAGAUCUUGGAAAAAACUGGAGUCUCGGUCGAGAUCCCACCCACUGACAGCAGCUCGGAGACUGUGAUACUGCGUGGCGAACCUGAAAAGCUUGGGCAGGCACUGACUGAAGUCUAUGCCAAGGCCAACAGUUUCACAGUCUCCUCUGUCUCUGCCCCCUCUUGGCUUCAUCGUUUCAUCAUUGGCAAGAAAGGGCAAAACCUGGCCAAAAUCACCCAGCAGAUGCCAAAGGUUCACAUAGAAUUCACUGAAGGAGAGGAUAAAAUCACUCUGGAGGGACCCACCGAGGAUGUGAAUAUGGCUCAAGAACAGAUUGAGAGCAUGGUCAAGGAUCUGAUCAACCGGAUGGAUUUUGCAGAGAUCAAUAUUGACCAUAAAUUCCACAGGCAUCUCAUUGGAAAGAGCGGAGCCAACAUCAACAGGAUUAAGGAUCAGUACAAAGUGUCCGUGCGGAUCCCUCCAGACAAUGAGAAGAGCAAUCACAUCAGGAUUGAAGGAGACCCUCAGGGAGUUCUAGAGGCCAAGAGAGAGCUGCUGGAACUCGCAUCACGUAUGGAAAAUGAACGCACUAAGGACAUGAUCAUUGAGCAGAAAUUCCAUAGAACGAUCAUUGGGCAGAAGGGUGAACGGAUUCGAGAUACCCGGGAUAAAUUUCCAGAGGUUAUUAUCAACUUCCCAGAUCCAUCACACAAGAGUGACAUUGUCCAACUUAGAGGACCCAAGAACGAGGUGGAAAAAUGCACUAAAUACAUGCAGAAGAUGGUGGCGGAUCUGGUUGAAAACAGCUAUUCUAUUUCUGUCCCCAUCUUCAAACAAUUCCACAAGAACAUCAUUGGCAAAGGAGGUGCAAAUAUCAAAAAGAUCCGUGAAGAAUGCAACACUAAGAUCGAUCUCCCAGCAGAGAACAGCAAUUCGGAGACUAUUAUCAUCACGGGGAAAAGAGCCAACUGUGAAGCUGCUCGCAACCGCAUUCUCUCCAUCCAAAAAGAGUUGGCUAACAUUGCAGAGGUGGAGGUCUCCAUCCCUUCCAAGCUACACAACUCACUCAUUGGUGCCAAAGGCCGUUUCAUCCGUUCCAUCAUGGAGGAGUGUGGUGGGGUUCACAUCCACUUCCCCACGGAAGGCUCGGGGAGUGAUACAGUCACCAUCAGGGGCCCUGCCCAGGAUGUCGAGAAGGCCAAGAAACAGCUCCUGCAACUGGCAGAGGAGAAGCAAACCAAGAGUUAUACUGUAGACUUGCGUGCCAAGCCAGAGUACCAUAAGUUCCUAAUUGGCAAAGGUGGUGGUAACAUUCGCAAGGUGCGUGAUAACACUGGUGCCCGGAUUAUUUUCCCUACCUCGGAGGACAAAGAUCAGGAACUGAUUACAAUCAUGGGAACAGAGGAAGCUGUCAAGGAUGCCCAGAAGGAGCUAGAAGUGCUCAUCAAGAACCUGGACAAUGUAGUUGAAGACUCCAUGACAGUGGACCCCAAGCAUCAUCGGCACUUUGUCAUCCGGAAAGGGCAGGUGCUCCGGACCAUCGCAGAGGAGUAUGGGGGCGUGAUGGUCAGCUUUCCACGCCCUGGCACACAAAGCGACAAGGUCACCCUGAAGGGAGCAAAGGACUGUGUUGAAGCGGCAAAGAAACGCAUCCUGGAGAUCAUUGAUGACUUGGAAGCCCAGGUGACAAUAGAAUGCACCAUUCCUCAGAAGUAUCACCGCUCUAUUAUGGGCCCUAAAGGUUCCAGGAUCCAACAGAUCACCCGUGACCAUGGCGUUCAGAUCAAAUUCCCAGACAGGGAGGAGAGCACAGCUCCCACUGCAGAGCAGGCCGCGCAGGAAAAUGGCAAAGAGAGUGGAGAAGGGAAAGAGCUCAAAGAAACAGAUCCUAACUCCCCAAAGAAAUGUGACACCAUCAUCAUCUCUGGUCGUCAAGAGAAAUGUGAGGCGGCAAAAGAGGCCCUGCAGGCUCUGGUUCCAGUUACCAUUGAAGUAGAAGUCCCCUUCGACCUUCAUCGUUUCAUCAUUGGUCAGAAGGGUGUUGGAAUCCGGAAAAUGAUGGAUGAGUUUGAGGUCAACAUCCAAGUCCCUGCCCCAGAGCUUCAGUCUGACAUCAUUUCUAUAAGUGGGCUGGCUACUAACCUUGACCGCGCCAAGGCCAGGCUUCUAGAGAGAGUGAAGGAGCUGCAAGCUGAGCAAGAGGACCGGGCCCUGCGAAACUUUAAGCUGACUGUUGCUGUGGACCCCAGAUAUCACCCUAAAAUUAUUGGCAGGAAAGGGGCUGUGAUCACUCAAAUCCGCACAGAACAUGACGUGACCAUACAGUUUCCCGACAAGGAUGAUGAAUCCCAGGCCCAGGAUCAGAUCACCAUCACUGGCUACGAGAGGAAUGCUGAAUCUGCCCGAGAUGCCAUCAUGAAGAUUGUCGGUGAACUGGAGCAGAUGGUAUCUGAAGACAUCACUCUGGACCAUCGCGUUCAUGCCCGCAUUAUUGGAGCACGUGGGAAAGCCAUCCGCAAGAUCAUGGAUGAAUUCAAGGUGGAUAUCCGUUUCCCCCAGAGUGGAGCUGCUGACCCAAACUGUGUGACUGUGACUGGGCUCCCUGACAACGUGGAAGAAGCCAUUGAUCAUAUCCUGAACCUGGAGGAGGAAUACCUGGCUGAUGUAGUCGACAAUGAGGCGAUGCAAGUCUACAUGAAACCACCUGCCCAUGACGAAGCUAAGGCUGCAUCAAAGGGAUUUGUGGUGAGAGAUGCCCCUUGGACAGCAGGCAACACCGAGAAGGCCCCUGACAUGAGCAGUGCUGAGGAUUUCCCAAGUUUUGGAGCUCAGGUGGCCCCCAAGACUCUACCCUGGGGUCCGAAGCGAUAAUGACUUGGAAGCAGCAAUCUUUUCCAGCCACCUGCCACGAGGUUUCCUUUCUGAAUUCUGACCUAGUGGCUGGAUCUAGUGCAGAUUGCCCAUGGGGGUCUCUUAAUGAAACUAGAGUGCUACCCCCUUUUAAGGUUCUCUGUUAUCCCUGUGCUUAGGCCUCAGUAUGCUUCAGUUUGACUCCCCCCACCCUUUCCCCCCCCCCCCUUGCCCUGGAAGAAACUUUCCAUGUUGAUUCCAACCUGAAAUACAUAAUUUUUUCUUUCAAAUUUCAGCCUCUCCCUUUCAUGUUGGCCAUGGUGUAGUAACCAAACCUCCCAGGUACAUCUUACAAAGCACUCUAGCCUCCAUUAGGAGAUCUCCUUACCGCAGCUAGGAAUCUUACUUCCUGUCUCUCAACCUCAGGAAACACAUUUCCUUGACUUUCUACAAAGCCAAAAUGUUUGCUCUUCCCCUCUCCAGCCCUGUUUCUCCAAGGCCUUACCUUUGUAGAGUGCAAUCAACUCCCCCCUUCAACUGCCAAAAACAAAACACAAGAUUCAACCCCACACCCAUCUAAUACUGCUAUUAGAGAGGAGAGGUGAGAGGCAAAUUGGCCAGAAUGGAUGAGUAGAGAGGGAGGUUUAAGCCCUGGAGUUGGAGGCCCCAGAAAGCACUGACAGGUCCAUGGCUCUCACUGCGCUAGUCUGCAGCACUGAGCAUACCAAAAGUCUUCUGCCGUUGGUCUGAGUAUUGAAUUUCAGCUCAUUACCAGUGUUUCCCCCCCAGCUCCCAUCACUUUUUUGUUUGCUUGUUUGUUGUUCCUUCCCAACAGUAGUAACGGCUGUGAGGAGCCAGAGAACUGACAGUAUUAUUGGGUCUAACAGAACUUGGUUUAACCAAAAGUGCCCGUGGUAGCAUGCCGCAGAAGACGGCGGGUGAUGAGGGCAGUGUUAAGAGAGUGCAUUGCCCUCCACGCCCCCCACAGGCUUGAUAGUGGUGGCAUUUAAGUACCAGGGUUAAGGGUGUGUCUUUUGCUUUUUACUAUUGCCUUCUUUCUACCUCAAGCCAGUAUGACAGUGGCCUGCUUCUUCAGACAGCCCCCCUUGCUUCCUGUUAUCAUGACUAUUAUUCCUCCGUGUGAAGAGGACUGUAUGUGUGGCUUCAGCCAGGAUAUAUGGCCUCAAAUUUCCCCUCCAACAGAGAUGGAUCUAACCGCUGCCACGUAAUUUGGCCUGUCGUCCCGUGACAAAGGUUAGGCCUUGGAGGGAGGGAGGUAAAGGAGCGGCUCUCACUUAAAUGGAAGAAGCUGAUUGCAGUUGUCUUAAAAGUGAAGCCUCUUUGGGGCUGCGGGGGAGAGAAUACCUACAUUCAGCAAAAGCCUUCUGUAAGUCUGGCAGCAAAAUGUUCUGUCCUGUUGUCUCAACACCAGUAGUUGCUGCAUUCUAGCUGCUGCCAUGUACCAAUAUAAGGCUGUUUGUAUUUCAAAGCUGCUCUUCCAGCCAUUACAUGGUAUCUGUCUCUCUUUCUCUUUCUUUCUUUCUCUCUCUCUCUCUCCUGCCGAAGGUGCUGGUGGCAGUGCUGGGUCUGGUGCCAACUCUGCUCUCUGCCUAUCCCCCUCCCCUCCCCUCCCCUCCCAAGAGCUUUUCUGAGCCAUUGGCUAGGAUCCUAGCCCCAGGGUCAUUUUAUGCCCCAUAAUCCAUACCGGGAAAUGGUCUGCAAAGCUCUUGCCUUUCUAGACCACUAGCCCAACAGGAAGGAAAAGCCUCUCACUUUUCAGUGAGCCCAAGUGACGGGGGGAGAAAUCACAAUUUCUCUAUGGUUUAUUCCACUUGGGGCAGGUCAAGCCCUAUCACCAUCUGAGCAGGAGACUGAAACAGGGUAGUAGUGUUUAAUGUCUUGCCAGUGGUACCUGGUGUCUGAAUGUCACACAUCACUUGCACAUGUGUUUUAGGCUUGAACUGCCAUUGAGCAUGGCUCUAACCCUGCCAUUUGUUCAAACUGUUGAGAUUACUCCACCCACCCACCCUCUGUCCCCCGUAGUGUGCAGCAGAUGCUCUGUGGAGGUGUGCUCCAUGUCCUCUUAAUGUCUUCCAUAUUAUGUUUCCAUGGCAAUGAUCCCUUGGCCUUAACUUUGGAAUUUGGAGAUUAUAUGCAAAACAUGUAUAAAGGCUCAUGAGUAUGGAUGACACUGGAAUUUUAUAAAUUCUAAAAAAUAAAACCUGAAACAGC